ACUUGACCUCUUACCGAUUAAUUUUUUUUUUUUACUAUAUUAUUCUACUAAUUACUCUUAAAGAGGGGGAAAAAAAUAUGUCUCCUGCUCCUUCAGAUAACUUGGAUGGUGUGGACAACACUGUUUCCACCCUUCGUACGGUCAUCACCUCCGAGACCCAACCACUUGCUCGUCGAUUCCGUGCGCUUUUUUCCCUCAAGUAUCUCGCGUGCCAGCAACCCCCUACCGACAAGACACUCCCAGCGAUCCAGGCGAUCGCUGCCGCUUUCUCGUCCCCGUCUGCUUUGCUCAAGCAUGAACUCGCAUAUUGUCUAGGCCAGACUCGGAAUCCGGAUGCUCUUCCAUACCUCCAUGAGGUAGUGAAGGAUCCCCAGGAAGAUGCGAUGUGCCGUCAUGAGGCCGCUGAGGCUCUCGGUGCUCUGGGGUACGAAAGUAGCUUGGAGAUUCUCAAGACGCUGCGAGACAAUAAGGACGAGGUUGAGGUUGUGAGAGAGACAUGUGACAUUGCCGUGGACAGAAUCAUUUGGGAGAAUUCAGAGGAGAGGAAGGCUGAAAAGCUGAAGCCUAGUGACUUCACUUCGAUCGACCCCGCUCCACCAAUGCCACUGACAGCCAAAGAGCCUUCGAUCCCUGACUUGGAGAGAGCAUUGCUUGACACAAGUCUCCCUUUGUUCCAGAGAUACCGUGCCAUGUUCGCUUUGCGUGAUCUUGCGUCUCCCCCGGACCUUCCCACCGCCACACAAGCUGUCGAAUCGCUGGCCAAGGGUCUCAAGGACCCUUCUGCCUUGUUCCGUCACGAAGUCGCAUUUGUUUUCGGUCAGCUUUGCCACCCUGCCUCCGUUCCAAGCCUCACAGAGACACUCAGCAACCAAGAAGAGCUGGGUAUGGUGCGACACGAAGCUGCGGAAGCGCUUGGCAGCUUAGGCGAUGUCGACGGUGUGGAGGAGACUCUGAAGAAAUUCCUGAACGAUCCGGAGCAGGUGGUCCGAGACAGCAUCAUUGUGGCUCUUGACAUGGCAGAGUAUGAAAAGAAUGGGGAAAUAGAAUAUGCGCUGGUUCCGGGCACGGGAAACCUUGCUGCAGUGCCCGCUGCUUGAUUGACGAAAGGAUAACAGUUAUAUUGGGGAAUUAAUCGUUUUCCACUCCCAUAGAUGUAUACUUGUGAAUGCA